CCUGAGCAGCAGCAGCAGCAGCAGCAGCAGCAGCAGCAGCAGCAGCAGCAGCGUCUCUAAGCUGGUUCGACUAGGACCAGCUUGUGGGACAGAUCCAGCCAAGCCGUGCUUGGGCUUACAGAGCAUGCUCAGAAAGUUUGGAGAAUGAAGCCCUUCAGUCCUGAGGUGUCCCCAGACCCGGCAUCCCUUGCCACUGCGGCCCCUCUGCUUCGCAUCUGUACUCUCUUCCUGACCUUGCUCGAGUUGGCCCAAGGCUCCAGAGGUUCCGUGGUAUCCAGCCAGCCAUUCAUCACUGUCUGGAAUGGAGACACCCAACUGUGCCUGACGAAUUAUGGAGUGAAUGUGGACGUCAGCGUCUUCGAUGUGGUUGCCAACAAGAAUCAGAGUUUCCAAGGCUCUAACAUGACUAUUUUCUACCGCAAGGAGUUGGGCACCUACCCCUACUAUACACCCACAGGGGAACCCAUAUUUGGUGGUGUGCCCCAGAAUGCCAGCCUGGUUACCCACCUUGCUCACACAUUCCAGGACAUCAAGGCUGCCAUGCCUGAACCUGACUUCUCAGGACUGGCUGUCAUUGACUGGGAGGAGUGGCGCCCACGAUGGGCCUUCAACUGGGACAGCAAGGACAUUUAUCGGCAGCGCUCGUUGGACCUGGUCCGGGCAGAGCACCCUGAAUGGCCAGAAACUUUAGUGGAGAAAGUAGCCCAAAAUCAGUUCCAGGAAACUGCACAGGCCUGGAUGGCCGGCACCCUCCAAAUGGGGCAGGUACUGCGUCCUCGUGGCCUCUGGGGCUACUAUGGCUUCCCUGACUGCUACAACAAUGACUUCCUAAGUCCCAACUACACAGGCCAGUGCCCACGAAGCAUCCGUGAUCAGAAUGACCAGCUAAGGUGGUUAUGGAACCAGAGCUAUGCCCUUUACCCCAGUAUUUACUUGCCUGAAGCACUGAUGGGCACAGGGAAGUCACAGAUGUAUGUUCGACACCGUGUGCAAGAGGCGUUCCGUGUAGCUAUAGUUUCCAGAGACCCCCAUGUGCCCGUAAUGCCCUACGUCCAGAUCUUCUAUGAAGAGACAAAUUAUCUUCUGCCCCUGGAGGAACUGGAGCACAGCCUGGGGGAGAGCGCAGCCCAGGGAGCAGCAGGAGCAGUGCUCUGGGUCAGCUCAGAAAAAACAAGUACCAAGGAAUCCUGCCAGGCCAUUAAAGCAUACAUGGACUCCACACUUGGGCCCUUCAUCGUGAACGUGACCAGUGCAGCCCUUUUGUGCAGCAAAGCUCUGUGUUCCGGCCAUGGUCGCUGUGUCCGCCAUCCCCGUUAUCCUGAGGCUCUCCUCACCCUCAGCCCUGCCAGUUUCUCCAUUGAGCUAACACAUGAUGGCAGGCCCCCAAGAGUCAAGGGUAUCCUGUCACUUAAGGAUCGGGUACAGAUGGCUGUGAAGUUCAGGUGUCGAUGCUACCGUGGAUGGAGUGGCAAGUGGUGCAACAAGCAGGGACUGGAGAAGCUACUAGAACGGAAACAAAACGAAACUCCCAUUUCUUCGAGCCUGGAGCUGGGAAAGGUGCAGGCCGAGCGGAACGCAGGAGAGCUGAUGGAAGCCGGAGGCAGAGCCAAGAGGAGGCGGAGCCAACGAAAGGAAACUACGGGCCCAGUCGCCAGUCGCCACCGGAAGGGAAGAAGCCAGGGACAGAAUGGGCCUACACUAGUUCUGUUGUGAC